AUGUCACUCCAAAUUGAACUACUCGAGAAUAGCUUUGACCUUAUUGCCCCACAGGGUGAUUUGUUGAUGGACACAUUUUACUCCAAGUUGUUCGAGGUGGCACCAUCAGUGCAGCCACUGUUUGCUUCCGUCGACUUGAAGAAGCAAAAGGGAAUGUUGCUGUCGGCCUUGGUACUGGUCCGCAAAUCAUUGCGCGAUUUGCCAUCAAUCGUCCCAGCCCUGCAGGCAAUGGGCGCCCGUCACGUCAAGUACGGCACAGAGGAUGCCCACUACGCCGUUGUUGGACAGGUUCUGUUGGCCUCAAUGGCAGCCAUCGCCGGAGAUGCCUGGAAGGCCGAGUACACCAAUGCCUGGGCCGACGCCUAUAACGUUGUCGCUUCCACCAUGAUUGCUGGUGCCGCCGAGGCAAGAGCUGCCGCUGCCCCUGCCACCCAUGCUUAA